UGAGCGGACGAGAGUGCGCUCUGGAUUUCCGCUUCCGGCAGGGGUUGCUUCCUCUUUCCGGUCGGCGAGGAGACGCGAGGAGGCGCGUGGAAGGUUAGACUAGGCAGCCAUCAUGCAGAUCUUUGUGAAGACCCUGACGGGCAAAACCAUCACCUUGGAGGUGGAGCCCAGUGACACCAUUGAAAACGUCAAGGCCAAAAUCCAGGAUAAAGAAGGGAUCCCUCCCGACCAGCAACGUCUGAUCUUCGCAGGGAAACAGCUGGAGGACGGGCGCACUCUCUCGGACUACAACAUCCAGAAAGAGUCCACCCUCCACUUAGUUCUGCGUCUCCGUGGCGGGAUCAUCGAGCCUUCCCUCCGCCAGCUGGCCCAGAAGUACAACUGCGACAAGAUGAUUUGCCGCAAGUGCUAUGCCCGCCUGCAUCCCCGGGCUGUCAACUGCCGCAAGAAGAAGUGUGGCCACACCAACAAUCUGCGCCCCAAGAAGAAGGUCAAGUAAAGGCUUUGGGCCUCUUGAUCUGCCAGGAAGCAGCCUUUCCCUCUCCCCUCCUUUACCUGUUCCAAUAAAGCUCAACCGCUGCACCUGA